AUGCCUCUUAUCAAUGGAAUGAAGAUGGCCUGCGAGCCAUGUAUACGAGGCCAUCGAUCAACGAAAUGCACGCAUGCCAACGAGCGGCUUAUGGUUCCGGUGAGAAAGCCUGGCAGACCUCUCAGCCAGUGUCCGCACCCGGGAGGACAAUCAUGUGGGUGUGGAAGUGUCACGGCCGCGAUUCCGAGGAAACAGACAUGUCAUUGUGGAGGAGAUGGGUCCAGGCCAGCACAAGCACAAACACAAGCACCGGUACCAGCGCCGCAAAUCGUCCCCCGUUCUUCGAGUCAAGGGGCCUCAGAUGCUUCAUCACCCACCAAACCCACAUUCAAAGUUCAAAAGGCGUCAAGACCACCAUCGGCAAGCAGGAAACAGUCAUUUGACCCUUCGAAUUUCGGAAGGAUCGAUAUGAAUAGCGUCAAUAUUGUUCCCUUCAAACCGCGAUCUCAAAGUAUACCAAUUCCGGUCACUCCUGUAGAGGGAUAUACGAUGGCUGGCCCACCGCAGACCUAUGGAUACAACACCCAGUAUGCGAAUAUACAGCCACAACUCAGUCAUGCCACAAUGCAGCCGCCCCCAAGCCCUUACGAUGGAGAAGACCCGCUUAUGAGGGCUAAUGGGUUCACUAAUGGGUUCACUAAUGGGGUGCUUCAUCAUGAGAAGCCUUAUGUGGUUGAAAGUCCGCUCGCUACGCCAUCAAUAUAUGGGAAUGGAAACUCCAGCAUUGCGAUGAAUGGGGGAUCAUGUUGCACCCCACCAACGCCAUUAAACCACACCAAUGGAGAAUCAAAGGCAUAUAAGAAUGGCAGCUCCUGCUGCGCGCCAAAACAAAACGGCCACAACCGCACUUCUUCUCUUAGUAGCGUCAUUCCGGAGCAGCAGGAGCCUAGACAGGGAAGCUGUUGUUCGUCAAAGCCACCACAUACGCUGAAACAAGAGCCCGCAUCUAACAAUGGCACACCAAUACCCACGCAUGUUCCAAGCUCGCCCCAGAUGCUAGCACAAGGCAAUAUGCCAUUCAGCCCGGCCCUAUACCAGCAACUAGUUUCUAGCCAACCCACAGUCUUUACGUACCCACCUACAUAUGGCUCGUUCCAAAACCCUCUGCAGCCAUCAGCCUGGCGGCAAAGCAUACAAGACAACAUGUACUCUCAACCUCAACCUCAGGCUCAGAUCCCGCCACCAUCUGCGCAAUUGCCAUUUGAUGCACCACUUGUCCCAGAAACCAUGAAUACUAUUCAUACAUGCAGCUGUGGUGAUGGUUGCCAAUGCAUUGGUUGCGCCGCACAUCCGUAUAACAAUGCAACACAGGACUACGUUCGUUCAGCAUGGGCUAUGUCCGCAGAGCAAUAUACGGCAGAGAUGUAUAGUAAUGGGCAGCCAACAUCAGCACCGGAGCCACACGGGAAUGCAAAUGGGAACGGCUCGGUUCCACCUCAAGGUGCCGACCCCAUGGCGUCGCCGACCCCUCUUACACCAUCCAGCACAUCAUCUGGAAAUGGGGAAGAGCAAAGCCUGUCUGCCGCCGAUUUCUUCUUCGUCAACUAUCCAUUCUCAUCGGAGGGUUGUGGUGGGGAUACGCUCAGCUGCCCCUGCGGCGAUGACUGUCAAUGUCUAGGCUGUACGAUACACCGGCAGCCUGCCAUACCCUGUGGUGGGGAGAGGGAGAGCUGCCCCUGCGGCGAUAAUUGCGAGUGUAUAGGUUGCUCGAUACAUAAUGGUGGUGUAACGACAUGA